CUAAUGUCUAGGGCUCAGUCAUCUGUAUCAACAUUCAGCAAAAUCACAGCGAAGUAAAGGAAGGAAACAUGGAGGGUGGAGACGAUGGAGUAGAGCGAGUGGUGGACUCGAAAGACCUGCAGCAGCAGAGCAAAGCCCUCGACAAGCUCACCGACCGGGUCGAGGAUCGCCAACUCGACUCGACCCGAGUCCAGGAGGCUAUGGCUUCGAUUGCUGCAUCAAAAGAAGCUGAUAUUCAAGCUGCCAGAUUGAGGGAGAAAGAAUUGGCAGCUGUCAAAAUUAAUGCCGCAGAUAUUGAUGUCAUUGCAAAUGAAUUAGAGCUGGACAAGAAAGUUGCAGAAAGGACAUUGCGUGAGCACAAAGGAGAUGCGGUUGCAGCUAUUAGAUCCUUGCUUUACUAACAAACUCUUCAUGAAGAAAUCUACAGUUUUUAUUUGCUUGAAAGUUUGUAUGGUCAUAGAUUGUGGUGACAACACAUUUUUGCUUAAAAGCUGAAUUGUUGAAUAGCCUUUCUGACUGUAUUGCUUGUUAUAGCAUGCUACUUCUGCAAAAAAAAUUAUUGUUUACCUUAACAAGUCUUGGCUAUCAUUCUUUUUCAUUGCUGUUUCUUUUUUCCUUCACAUUUUUAUUUCGUGUUGGUUAUAUAUAUACCCGGUAAAUAGUACAUGGCAAUUGGCAAGUGGUUUGUAAUUGUGAAAGGUGGUGCUAUUGUAUAAUAGAGAAAUG